CACCCCGCGGUAUUUACCUUUGAAAAGUGGCAGCGGCUGCAGGUACCGGAGGAGUGGGGCGGCCGGGAGGGGCUACGCCUACCGGGUCUCCCCGCCACACCGAUCCGAGCCCAGGACAAACCCUCUCCCACUCCCAUGCCCCACAGACGCAUCCAAAAUGCUUCCCUCCUCGCCAGACCCGUCCCGAUAGAAUUAGCCCUCUCUCGUCUCUAGCCUUCAUUUAAACUCUACUUUUGAGGGUCUGAAUUCUCCAAUUUUAAGCCCCAAAUACCAUCUCAUCCCUGAGUAGUCUUCUCCAACCGUAGUCACCCAGUUUCAAGUCCUGCCCCCAUUUUUCUCCCUGAACUCCCAUCCUCAGCCCUGAAAACCCUCUUCUCAGCUCCUAGCCUAUCCACAGAUCGAACCCUAAGUGACUCUUACCUACCCUCUCCUCCAAUUUGUGACCCAGCCCCAAACUCUCUCAUUCCUACUCUGUCCCUCACGAUAUAUCCCUUCCUUUGCUUAGUCUGGGCCGGGGCCCUGUGUCCCUGAAGACAUGGAGUUUGUGUCUGGAUACCGGGAUGAGUUCCUUGAUUUCGCUGCCCUUCUGUUUGGCUGGUUCCGAAAGUUUGUGGCAGAGCGUGGGGCAGUAGGGACCAGCCUGGAGGGCCGCUGGCGACAGCUGGAGGCCCAGAUCAGAAGGCUGCCCCAGGACCCUGCCCUUUGGGCGCUCCAUGUCUUGCCCAACCGUAGUGUGGGCAUCAGCCUGGGGCAAGGGGCAGAGCCAGGCCCUGGACCAGGCCUGGGGGCUGCCCGACUCCUGGGAGACGACCCUCCACUCCACCUUCGAGACCUGAGCCCCUACAUCAGCUUUGUCAGCCUAGAGGAUGGGGAGGAAGGGGAGGAGGAAGAGGAGGAAGAUGAAGAAGAAAAGAAGAGAGAGGAGGGGGGUGCAGGCACAGAGAAGGUGGAACCAGAGGAGGAUCGGGAGCUAGCCCCUACUAGCAGGGAGUCCCCCCAGGAAGUAAACCCUCCAGGAGAGUCAGAGGAGGCUGAGCAGGAGGCAGGAGGUGGUGAGGACGGCUGCCGAGAGAACAGGGUGGAGGACAAAACAAGACCCCAGAAGAGGAAGGGACGGAGGAGUGAGGCUGCCCCCCUGCACCUUUCCUGUCUCUUACUGGUGACGGAUGAGCAUGGCACCAUCUUGGGCAUUGAUCUGCUGGUGGAUGGAGCCCAGGGGACUGGAAGCUGGGGCUCAGGGACUGAGAACCUGGCUCCUCGGGCCUAUGUGCUCCUCUGUCACAGCAUGGCCUGUCCCAUGGGCUCCGGGGACCCCCGAAAGCCCCGACAGCUUACUGUGGGAGAUGCCCAGCUGCAUCGAGAGCUGGAGAGCUUGGUCCCAAGGCUAGGUGUGAAGUUAGCCAAGACCCCAAUGCGGACAUGGGGUCCCCGACCAGGCUUCACCUUUGCUUCCCUUCGUGCUCGAACCUGCCACGUUUGUCACAGGCACAGCUUUGAAGUGAAGCUGACACCCUGCCCCCAGUGUAGUGCUGUCUUGUAUUGUGGAGAGGCUUGUCUCCAGGCUGACUGGCGGCGGUGCCCAGAUGAUGUGAGCCACCGAUUUUGGUGCCCAAAGCUUGCAGCCUUCGUGGAGCGGGCAGGAGAACUGGCAGCCCUGCCUUUUACCUACACCACAGAGGUGACCAAUGAAACCUUCAACAAGGAGGCCUUCCUGGCCUCUCGAGGCCUCACUCGUGGCUACUGGACCCAGCUCAGCAUGCUGAUUCCAGGGCCCGGCUCCUCUGGGCAUCCCCGAGGCAACACACCAUCCCUUAGCCUUCUUCUCGGUGGAGAUCCCUAUCAGCUUCUCCAGGGGGAUGGGCCUGCCUUAAUGCCUCCUGUGCCCCCAGACCCACCGCGGGGUCUUUUUGUCCCUGAGCUCAACAUCCAGAACAAACAGUCACUGAAGAUCCACGUGGUGGAGGCCGGGAAGGAGUUUGACCUUGUCAUGGUUUUUUGGGAGCUCUUGGUCCUGCUCCCUCAUGUGGCCCUGGAGCUGCAGUUUGUAGGUGAUGGCCUGUCCCCCGAAAGCGACCAGCAGCAUUUUACCUUGCAGAGGGACAGCCCCGAGGUGUCUGUCCGGAAUGGUUCUGGCGUAUCAGCACGGCCCAGCUCUGGCACUAAGGAGAAGGGUAUCCGCAGGGACCUGCAGAUCAAGGUGUCAGCAAGGCCCUACCACCUGCUCCAGGGGCCCAAGCCCGACCUGGUUAUUGGAUUUAACUCUGGGUUUGGUCUCAAGGAUACAUGGCUGAGCUCUCUGCCCCGCCUGCAGUCCCUCCGAGUGCCAGCCUUCUUCACCGAGAGCAGCGAGUAUGGCUGCGUGAUGGACGGCCAGACCAUGGCGGUGGCCACUGGAGGGGGCACUAGCCGUCCCCAGCUCAACCCCUUCCGCUCCCCCUUUCGCCUCAGAGCGGCCGACAACUGCAUGCCCUGGUACUGCAACGCCUUCAUCUUCCACCUGGUUUACAAGCCUGCGCAAGGGAGCGGGGCCCGCCCGGCUCCCGGCCCCGCACCCCGGUCCCCAACUCCCUCCGUUCCUCCCGCCCGCACCCGAAGGCGCCGAGGAGAAAAGAAACCCGGGCGGGGGGCCCGCAGGCGGAGAUAAGUGCGGCGACUGUAGUAGUCCCCCCUCCCAAACACGCUCCGAAAGGAAAACGUGAAAACACUCAGGGCCGAGGGGGAGGACAGAUUGGUAAAACACGAAAAAGUAAAUAAAAUUACUUGUUUGAAA